GUCAUUGGUCGUCACGAGUCUCUCUAGCUGUACAACAGUGGUGAACAGAUAACAGCACAAACCUACGCCUAUGAGAUGAUUUUCCUCCUGUUUAAGAUUUCCUUGUGCUUAAUUGUUAUUAACCAGGAAACUAUUUGCGAUUCUGAGAAUGCCAAUCAAACAUUGGUUGUGAUAAGACAAGAGCGUGCGGUCAAAAUGAGAGGUAGAUUAUGUUAAGUUUUGUGCACCAAUAAUUUAUAAUUUUUUAUAUAUAGUGGCUAAAACAAACUUGAGGAGGAAAUACAUAAUCAAGUGCUGUGGAAAUCAAUCGUGUACUAAUCCUGUACCAAAAACUGGCAAAAGCUCGUCUAAAACUCUGACGGCAAAAAUAACAAAGCCAACCUUUCAAAAAAUUAACUCAAAAUACAGUACAAAGCCAACUGUAAUGCUAGAUACGACAAGAUAUACCACUCCACAAAAUACUUUGAGUAAAGAAGAGUUGACCCCUUUGCAAAGUGAAGCUACCGAUAUUACAUCAUCCAAUGCAAUUGUGGAGGCAACAACUACGUACACCAUAGUUUCUCUAGCAGACACAACAACAACGUUAACGUCUACAGAAUUCACAACAACUGAGAUCCCCUCAACUUCAUCAACCACUACAGAACAACCAACUUUUUAUUGUAAAUGUCCAACUUUAUGCGACAAAGUGUCAAGCUUGAUGAAUUCAAACGGCGAUUUACUGAAUCCAGAGUAUUACGGCGAAUGGAGAAAAAGGGACGGUGUGACGUAUCUCUUUGGAAAUGAAGCACUAUCGUGGGACGGUGCUUGGUCCAAAUGCUGUAGUUUAGGAAUGAAGCCACUCAGUUUAGAGACUAUGCAAAAACUAUCGACUGUAGAGGGAUUUUUUAAUAAUUGGGCACUGAACAUCAAAUUUUGGACGAGUGGCGCUUUCACUGAAUGCAACGGCACUAAAGCAUCUUCCCUGGUCUGGUGCUCCAUCAAUAAUUUUAAUUUCGACACCAAUAUUUGGCACUCAAGCGGAACGAAAGACAACUCGAUGGGAAUUUGCGUCAGCGCCACGUUUGAACAAGGACAGUUUCGAGCAAGGCGCGAAAUGUGCAGCAAAUUUUUUGCUUUUGCAUGCGAAUCGGGAAUCGGCGACCCGGUUCAGUUGCUUCAAAACGGAUGCUCGGCACCACAGGCCUGCAUAAAAAACACCUCAAUUUUCAGUGGGAAUGAGUUGACUCAAGAGCCGAGUUUAGUGAGAGGCUCAUUUAUUGCUACUUGUGGAAAAUUCUACUACUUUUCUAGAUUGAAGAAAUCUUGGUCUGGUGCAAGAAACUAUUGCUGUAGCUUGGGAAUGGAUUUGGCCAGCAUCUCGUUGUCUUCGAGAAGAGAUUGCGUCGCGAAAAUACACACUGAAUAUUCCACGCGACUAAAUGAGAGCUACUGGAUAUCUGGCCGAAGAACAAAUAUCCCAGGAAAACAUUAUUGGUGCUCUGAAAAUUCGUACCUCUACCCCGGUGAAGUGGAUUGGGCAUCUGGAUUCCCAAAAAAUGAGCACGAAUGCGUUUUAUCUGCUUUCAAUCCGAGCAGUGGAAAGGUGGAGUUCAGAACUGCCAACUGCGAAGAAGAAAUGCUUUUCAUGUGCAUGGCAUAUGCAUUUGAUGGGAUUCCAAAGGUCCAAGUUUAUGUAGAGUGCGCUAGAAGUCUCAGACUUGCUACAGAUGAAGAAGAUGCUCUGCUUGCAUAUUUUGGCCCCCCACCCAGUCUGAAGCUUAUGUGCUAUGCCAGAUGCAUGGGACAAAGAUACAAAAAGAUACUGGACAACUCGUUGAACCUUCCAAACAUGUUCAGAUACAUUGAAGACGCGUUUAACGAGACCGACUUACAAGCUGCAUACAAGAUUUUGAUGACGUGCUCCCGCCAGAGCCCAACUCUCAGCAGUUGCGAAUACCCGUAUUAUGCUCUUAAAUGCGUCAUGAUAAAUGGAUAUCAGCUCGUCCAAAGGGUGCUUAACGCUGCCAUAUCAAACCCAGAUACCAUUCCACCUAUGCUAUUUUGCCAACCUGAUUAUCAUUUUUGCGAUAUUAUCCAGCAAAAUUGCACCGCAAAUGUCACAUUGAUAACUCAGCUAACGUCAACAAGAAAAACUGAUAUUGGAGAAUUGGUUACACUGCCAAAUAGUAUCACCUAUUUUAUAGCUAAAAGGCUUCCUCCGAGUUUUACCUACUACGACGCCCUUUAUUAUUGCUGCUCGAUUGGAAAACAUCUUUUGGAGCUGGAUAGCGUUAAAAAGCUUACAGAUCUUUUUCUACUGGAUUCAUCACUGCAGACUCAAUCCUCGACGGUGGUUGGACCACUGGCGGAGAAUGGCAAUGGCGAUUUGUCCUCUUGGUGCUCGUCCGGCUCUCCAGUUCCAACAGCCUUGUUCCCUGGCGGAACUGUACCAAAAAAUCCUUGCUACAAGAGCUCCAGUUGCCUUUUCUUGGAUUUGCAGACCACCACGCUCUCUUAUUCCCAUUGCAACACAUCACUGCAAUCAUUUUUUAUUUGCGAGUAGCUUUCCAUUUUGAAUGAAACCAUACUUUAAAAAUAUAUAACUAAC